UUGGAGGUUAGUUGUGUUUAUGGAUGGUCUCGAGUUGUUAUUAGACCCAGCAUCAAGCUGCUUGAGCUUCGGGUUUGGUCGGCGUUUUUGUGGGUUUCUCUGCACUUGCAACCAACAUUUGCUCCGGGGAUCUAAAAAUCUAAUUUUUGUAUAUCCAUUGGCACCAUCCUUCUGCCCUGUUAUUUCUACCUGCCCUGCUUUCUCUUACCUUUGUCUCUCUCCAUGGCAUCUCUAUUCCCCACGACCCCCAGGUGGUGUGAGUAUCAUCCUUUGCGGAUUGUCAAAUUUGAACCUGUGCCGAUGGACGUUUCUCGUUGUCUUAACUUUAUUCAUUUUCGUCGAAUCAGGGUCACGAAACAAGUCAAACCAAAACAAAAAGCACCCCACGCUGGUGCCGGGACAUCCCGCCCCAAAGAGAUGACAUGUGUUCUUGAGGAAGUUCCAACAAUGGAUGAGACGUCGUAUACAUAUAUGCGAAGUGUGCGCGCGAGUUGUGUCUCCUCGGCUCCUCGGCCCCUCGGCGGUUUCAAUAUCUCCUCGGAGUCGUUUUUUGGCCUCGGGUUCGCCGGGG